CUUCAACCUUCCAACGCUUGUUUCCUCACUGGACCUUCGCGUGUAAAAAGCUUCUUCCCGUCUCGUGCUCAAAAACCGGCGAUGGCACCAGUAAUGAAGCCUUCAAGAGGCCGUGAACCAGACGGAUCUGGAUUCCAAUCCACCAAUCUCUGGGUCGGCAGUCUGACCCCCGAUACUACCGAAUCCGAUCUCGCCGAUCUGUUCGGAAGGUUCGGCGAAAUCGACAGGCUCACCGCGUAUUCUUCCCGCUGCUUCGCCUUUAUCUACUACAGGCGCGUUGAGGAAGCCGUUGCGGCCAAGGAGGCUCUUCAAGGCGCCAAUCUGAACGGGAGUCGCAUUAAGAUCGAAUUCGCACGACCGGCAAAACCUUGUAAGAGUCUUUGGGUUGGUGGAAUCAGCUCGAGUGUCCCGAAGGAUGUACUCGAGGCAGAGUUCAGGAAAUUUGGGGAAAUCGAAAGUUUCAGGUUUCUUAAGGAUCGCAAGACGGCUUUUAUUGACUAUUUUGACGUGGACGAUGCUGUACAGGCAAAGACCAUGAACGGGAAGCGACUAGGUGGUAGCUUUUUGCGAGUUGAUUUUCUUCGGUCACAAGGGCCAAGAAAAGAACCACGGCUUGGCUCCGAAGAUGGCAGGGAUGGCAGUUUGAGUGCUAAGCACCAGUAUACUCACUCAUCUGGAGAUGGCCAAGCAAGCAACGUUCUGUGGAUUGGGUACCCUCCUUCUGUUCAGAUAGACGAACGACUGCUGCACAAUUCCAUGAUUCUUUUUGGUGAGAUUGAGAGAUGUAUUAGCUAUCCAUCAAGGCAUUUCUCACUUGUGGAAUUUAGAAGCAUUGAGGAAGCUCGCUGUGCUAAGGAAGGACUACAGGGAAGGUUAUUCAACGAUCCAAGAAUCACAAUCAUGUACCAAAACGAUAACGCCCCCCCUGGACGGGGAGAUGAUACCGAUGUUUACUCUGGUGUCAAACGACCAAGACCUGAUAUGUUCAUCAAUGAUCAUCCGUACAUAUCGUCACCACAUUCCAGUGUGGUUCUUGACCCUGGGAGGCCCUUCCGAGGUAGCAUGGAACGUUUUGGUCCAGAAUAUGGCGAUGUGGUUGGCAACGAAGGAAGCUGGAGAAGGCCAUCUCCUACUGGAGCUGGAAUACUCCCGUCUCCCGCACCAAGUAGAAUGCUACCCAUUCGGUCAAACCGUGGUUCUUGGGAAGGAUAUGAUGCUGCUCAGUUGGAUAGAGAACCUAAAAGAAGUCGUAGAGAUGGAUCUGUAGAUGCUUUUCCUCCGAUGGGUGUAGAAGACCGUAUCACUGGGUUGGAUAUGACAUAUCGACGUAGACCAGGCCGUGGUUUCCCUGAUACUGAUUUCAUUUGGAGAGGAGUCAUAGCCAAAGGUGGAACUCCUGUUUGUCAUGCUCGUUGUGUACCUAUUGGAAAGGGGAUUGAAUCUGAACUCCCUGAGAUGGUCAACUGUUCAGCACGAACGGGUUUGGAUAUGCUUGCCAAACACUAUACCGAAGCAAUUGGAUUUGAAAUCGUUUUCUUCUUACCAGACAGCGAAGACGACUUCGCGUCUUAUACUGAAUUUCUCCAAUAUCUUGGUUCAAACAAUAGAGCAGGUGUUGCCAAAUUAGAUGAUGGAACCACUUUAUUCUUGGUUCCACCAUCAGAUUUCUUAACUGAUGUGCUCAAAGUAUCCGGUCGAGAAAGGCUAUACGGUGUUGUCCUCAAAUUGCCUCCACCACCUGUUCCUGCAGCUUUAUCGUAUAGACAAGAAUCUCAGACCAUUCCUCCACCCUAUUUGGAUCAAUCUCGAGAUUCGCCUGCCGAUGCCAGUCACGGUUUGUACGCUGCUAGGGAAGAUCAAGCCUGGGGUAUGAAGGAAGCAAUGAAGCCUCUUCCUUUUAGGGAGCCUGUUGCUGUACAUAACACUGUAACGCCUCAAGCUGGGGUUAGUCUAACGCCUGAGCUAAUAGCCACUCUUGCCUCCUUGCUCCCAACAAAUUCUCAACCAGAAAGUCACCAAGCCGUUGGAUUAUCCAAUGGAGAAGCUCCAUCACAAGCCUGGAAUAGAGAUCAAUCAACGGUUUCUGACCCAUCAAAUCUAUCGUUUCAACAAUUAGGCAAUCAGUACAAUCCGGUGGGGCAACUCCCUCCUCCUCCGGUGCAUUAUCCUCCAGUGUCAAGCACACCGAGCUACUCCGGUGGAAUGGUACAAGGUGGUAUGCAAUACCAGGCGGCGUUACCUCCACCACCAUCGGAUAAUUACUCCAUGUACUCUCAAGGUUCACAUCAAGCUCAGUAUCAGCAUGAAACUCCCAUGCUUAACCAAAACUACGUAUCGGUCCCUGGAGCUGCGAACCCUGGUUUGCUUGGUUAUCAGCAAGGUAACUAUCACGGUCUGACAAAUAAUCAAGCCUAUAACGAAAAUCCUUCCCAUUCUCAAAUUGCGAUGCCACCACCGACACAACAGCACUCACAGCUUGCGGCUGGUCAAGGUACAUCAGAUGGUGAGGUCGACAAGAGCCAGCAAUAUCAGUCUACCCUACAGCUUGCGGCUAACCUUCUUCAACAGAUUCAGCAACGGCAGCAACUGCCAUCAAAUGCUUCGACUGGACAAGGGCCUUGAGACUUAGCUCCACAUUCGCUCAUAAUCUCAACUGAUGCACCAACGUACUGAGUUUAGCUACUGUUAUGUUACAUAUUGGCUGUAAGAGAAAGUGUUACCGAGUGAUGAUGUCGCAAUGAGCUUCUUUGGUCCGGAACCAGACAACGACCCAAGGGACUUCUACCUGUGUCUCAUGAACUAGGCUGUACAAAUUAUGUGACUUAGAUAUUAUUAUUUGUUAGUAAUACAUUUUCCAUUUGUUAUAUCGACAUCGUACUCUAUCGACACUCUUCAAUGACGAAACAAAGAUAGUUUAGUUA